UCCGUAACUAGAGUUUUCACUCUUGUCCAUGACAACGACAACAUCCGAAACAAUGUACCCUAUUCACAAAAACAGAGAUCUGAAACACACUCUGCAAAGAUUGUGACAGACAAAUUGUAAAUGUUACUGGUAUUUGUUACAGAAUGUCAAAAAUAGUCUAAAUAUCAUCUGAAAGUUGACCUUUCGAAAAGCUGACUAGCUUGUGACUCGAAAACAAAAUGUCGCGUGCGCCAGCUAAAGGGAACAAGGAUAAAACCAAACCUCCUGCAGCGCAGACUCCCGUGAUUGCCCAUGAGAUUGUUCCAGGAAAAUUCAACGAAAAUGACUGGAAUGCUAUGCUCGAUCGUGAUUCAUCAGAGGAGUUUGUUCAGGAAAUCAUGGAUGAGAUUGUUUUGUACACAAUGGAUGAGAUCUACAAAAAAUAUAUUGACAGACAGUUGCUGCCUUUCACAAUAGCACAAGCAAAGGAUGCAAUUUUGCAGAUUAUAGAGUGGGAAUUUUUGGCUCGUGAUGAAGGUGAAUCAAAUCUUUCAGACCUUGGCUGGAUACAAGAUAAAGAACCAGAGGCAUUGACAACAGAUUGCUGGGCACAGGGUUCAGUGCCUAAAAUACAUAUAUUUGGGAUACCAACCCCAUUAGUGGAGGAACCAGAAGAAAAAGAAAUAUUUGUUGCAAAAGAAGAAGUGAUUAUUGAAGAAGAGAAAGUGGAGGAGGAUAAUGAACUUGAGGGGCCUGAACUGCCUGAGCUAGAGGACAAAGUUUCAAUAACUGACACAACACAGGAGGAGUUCUCAUGUGUAAAGGUUUCUAAGUCAGACUCAGAAGAGAAGGUAAAGAAGUUCAGGCCAUACAGGGGGGUGUUGAAGAGAGAAGAGUCGAAGAUAAUAGAGCCUUUGGCAAGGACAGAAAUGAAAUUAAGAGAAGCAGAAGUCCAAGCAUCACAGUCAUCAACAGUGUUAUCCAACAUCUUCACCAUGCCAACUUCUUGCCAUUCUUUACUGAAGGUACAAGCGGGGCGACCUCCAGGUGAAAAAGAUGUAACAUAUGAUGCCAUGGGAAAUGUGAUAGCUGUCAUGAAACUAAACCCAGAAAAGUUACCUAGCCACAGGGUUUCCCUCAAAUACAAAUUGAUAGACCCCAAAGUGGAGGCAGCACAAGCGCAUCUUGAUGCCAUGCGAAAAGGACAUCGUGCAACCCAGUUAGAUAGAAAAAGCAAGAAGAUCACAAUAGCUGAUCUGCCUGCCUUCACAGGCAAAAUUCAAGCCAAAACAGAGAGAUCAAAUACUCAACUUCCACCAUCUCUGUUUGAAGUUAUAGAAAUAUCUCCUGGAGUACAGGUAACUGAGAAUGGCCAUUCAAAGAAGGGACAGGAAAGGCAAGUACGGAAGGCAGAUUUGUUGGAGCACCAUCAAAAGGAUCUGCAACCUAUUUCUCUCCUUAUCAGAAGGUCAAGUGUCAGCGUAUCGGAUCUUUUGCAUCGCACCACUCCCAUCCUUCGCGAGUUUAACAGCCCUCCUCCAUUGCCCCCUAUUACCUCUCUCCCUCCAAACAAGUCUCAAGUUUCCUAACAAUGAACAGGAACAUGGACUGUCUGUGAUAUAAUUUAAAUCAUACUUUAGUAAUAAAUUCUUUUGCUUAUAAAUUGUUUUACGCUCCUGCUCUUCAUGGAAAGGCCAUGGUGUGAUCUGACUAAUUGAAAGAAGUCUCACAAUUCAAUGAUUUCUCAGCUAUGUGUUGGAGCCAUGCAACAUGGCAUUCAUAGGUUUAACUAGAUUAAAUGCUUUUUCUCAACCAGAGCACGUACUUUAAAAGCAGAGCAUUAUCUGGAAAUGUUGAAAAAGAACACCUCUCGAUCAGUUAUAUAAACAUUUUUCUUCUUAUGUUCAUUAUGCAACAACCUGUUGAAAAACAUUUACUACAUAGUUAGCUCUCAUUUACAUUCAAGCUUCUCGUAAUAUUAUCUAGUUUUUAUUGCCAUACUGGUGACAGCUUCAUUCAUUAAAAGAGAAAGAGUUUGGGGCUCAAAUAAAAUUGUUUCAGAAUUCA